AUGGCCUCCGUCUCGGAGCUCGCUUGCAUAUACUCUGCCCUCAUUCUACACGACGAUGAGGUGACAGUCACGGCUUUGGCCAAUGUCAACAUUGGGAGCCUCAUCUGCAAUGUGGGGGCUGGUGGACCUGCCCCAGCAGCUGAUGCUGCACCAGCAGGAGGUCCUGCCCCAGCCACCGCUGCUGCCCCAGCUGAGGAGAAGAAAGGAGAAGCAAAGAAAGAAGAAUCUGAAGAGUCUGAUGAUGACAUGGGCUUUGGUCCUUUUGACUAA